GUAGAAUCCGCCCACAGUAGCACAAUCUGUUCAGUUGUAUCUAAAAUUUUUCCAACAUGUACGGAAAAUAUAUCGCGAUCGCUUUCUUGAUCGAUUUGGUACAAUGUACUCAAGGGUUGCGCGUUAAUAUGACGAUGUUCGCCAACUGCCAGGACGUGGACAUUCAGUAUAGCGAGGCAGAUGUAGCUCUGACGAAAGUCUCAUACGAUCGUGACGCAGAUGGUGUCUGCAAUACGAUCCACGCCGAGUACCACGUGAGAAAACCAAGUGACGAUGUUGAGUGGGAGUUGGUUAUCACCAGUUACAAGUGCCCCCUGGGAAGUACCACAAUUUGUCUGGAAAAUCCACAGGAAUACGUGGAACCGAUGCACUGUGACAGAUUCCACUCGGAUGACACUGGCCCAUGGUUUAUGCUGUCCAGUUCCAUGACUAACGGUGAUCGCUGUGGGCGUGUUGAAGGUUUUUACAAUUUGGAUGCAGCCGUUCUCAAAAUCAAUUACCUCCACCGCUACCUUGAGCUCGGCAAAGGUACAUAUCGAGUACGAAUGCUGUUCCACGUUCCCGGAACUGGCAUGGAACAGAAGAACAUGAAAGGAUGCUGUGAGAUGGAUUUUGAUGUGAUUGAUUAGGAACGCGAGGGUUUUGAUUUUUUUUUACCUUGUGAGAAUCAGUAUUUCAGUUGCACGCCCCACAGAACACACAGCCAGGUACAACAGCGAUAAUUAAAAAUGAUUAUAAACAGAA